AUGCCAUUCCAACCACCCACUCGACCUCACUCCGCUAAUCCAGGUAUGAACCCAUCCAUCUUCCCCAGGACCGUCUCUUCGUCCAGCGUAUACAAGCACGAUCAGAAACAGCAGAAAUCAUCGUCGAUGUCUUCUUUCGGGAAACAUUCAGCUUCUGCAGAAGAAUGGGAGGAUGCUUGGGAUUCUUCGUCGGAUAAAGAAGAUGAUCCUGUUGUAGGUCACGCAGGUGGAGAACAGAUGACCAAGAGUAAAACAGUACCUAUACCACUCAAUGGAAGUAGUAGUAAGAAUGGGAGAGUAGAAGAGGGCCUGGUUAUUGGAAGUUGGAACUCUAAUUCUUAUCAUCACGUAUCACCUCCCAGUCCAAUCAAACCCACCACCAGUGGUAGACCGAACUUGCAAACUGCCAAAACGUUUUCGGAAGGUACGAUACCUCCUAUACCUGGUACGUCCGUUCCCGAGGGACGUCACAAUGCUGCAGGUUCAGUACCAAGGUCCAAGCUACCUCCUGGUGGAGCAUGGGAGAUUGUCGAACAGUCAGAAAUCAGAGAACAGGAUGAAGAGGAUACACGAUUACCUGAGCAAGUAGGUAAAGAAGCAGUCAAGGAUGAUGUAGAGGAUAUACUGAAGGAUCCAUUACAAUUAUUAUCCAACUUAUCUCUCGAUACACCCCAAACACCCUCUUCCGCCGAACCAUCAUCAUUCCCCUUCUUAACACCAGGAAGCUCAUAUCCCCAAACUCCAUCUACGGCCUCAUCAGUCAUACAUUCCCCCGAGCAACCCGCCUCGUACUCUGCUUUACCUACUACUCCACGAACCAACACCAUAUCGUCACUGAAGAAAGAAGGUGGAUCCUCGUUGGGUAGACAAAGAAGUGUUCGAACGGAAAGGAAAAGAGAGAAAUUUGUUAGAGUGCUAAAAGGACGGAACGAAGCUGUUGAAUUGGCCGAGUUGAGGAAGUUGGCUUGGAACGGAGUGCCGGAGGAGGUCAGAGGGGUUGUAUGGAUGUUGUUAUUGAAUUAUCUACCUCUCCCCGUCCAGCCCCGCUUGACGACAUUGAAUCGCAAGAGAAAAGAAUAUACUCAACUGGUGGAUCAGUAUUUCGGAAGAGGGCUAUCAUCGUUAGAUCAGCAGAUAUGGCAUCAGAUCGAAAUAGACGUACCACGGACUAGACCAGGUGUAGCUCUAUGGUCGUGUGUUCAGACGCAGAGGAGUCUAGAGAGGAUAUUAUACGUUUGGGCCAUACGGCAUCCCGCAUCUGGUUAUGUUCAAGGUAUAAAUGAUUUGGUCACACCUUUCUUCCAGGUAUUCUUGGGGGCAUAUAUAGAUACCGAUCCAGAAUUAUUUGAUGUUACCCACCUACCUCCGCAUGUUCUUCAAGCCAUAGAAGCAGACACCUUCUGGUGUCUAACCAAACUGUUAGAUGGAAUACAGGAUCAUUAUAUCUCGCAACAACCUGGUAUUCAGAGGUUGGUCAAGAGAAUGGGCGAACUGGUAAAGAGAAUUGAUGCUCCCCUAGCAGCACAUUUCGAAGAUCAAGGUGUGGAAUUCAUGCAAUUUGCUUUUCGAUGGAUGAAUUGUCUGUUAAUGAGAGAGAUAUCCGUGAAAUGUACGAUUAGGAUGUGGGAUACUUAUCUUGCUGAAGGUGCAGAUGCUUUCUCUCAAUUCCAUUUAUACGUUUGCUCAGCAUUAUUAGUCAAGUAUUCGGAAAGGCUGAGGGAAAUGGAUUUCCAGGAAAUGAUCAUGUUCCUCCAGUGCCUGCCCACUCAAUCAUGGACGGAUCACGAGAUCGAGCUGUUACUAUCGGAAGCAUACGUGCUGAAGAUGGUCUGGCAAGGUGCAGAGAAUCAUUUUGCCAAUUUACCUAAUGGGAACCAAGGUCAAUUCGGUAUGCUGGGGAGGUAA